CGGGGGGGAGGGCGAGGGGGCUGUCUGCCGCGAACCAAUCAGCGGAGACCGCCGGGGUAAGGGGCGUGGCCAAGGCUCUGGCGAGGAGAGGAAGCGUCCGGGGAAGACUGGCAAGUGCAAUUGUGGAUCCCUGAAUAGAAAAACAGGAAUGUGGAUGCUGGAGACCCUGAUCUGAAGUAGCACAGUCCAACUUCCUCUGGACUUGGCAAGGCAUCUCCAGCGUUGUGCUUCCCCGUUGGACCAGCCAUGAUUCACAGCCUCUUCCUGAUCAACUCUUCCGGGGACAUCUUCCUUGAGAAACACUGGAAAAGUGUGGUUAGCCGCUCGGUUUGUGACUACUUCUUUGAGGCACAGGAAAGAGCCUCAGAGGCAGAAAAUGUGCCCCCCGUGAUCCCCACCCCUCACCACUAUCUCUUGAGUGUCUAUCGGCACAAGAUCUUCUUUGUGGCAGUGAUCCAGACAGAGGUACCCCCGCUUUUUGUCAUUGAAUUUCUUCAUCGGGUUGUGGAUACUUUUCAGGAUUAUUUUGGAGUCUGCUCCGAGAUUGUCAUCAAGGACAAUGUCGUGGUGGUCUAUGAGGUGCUGGAGGAGAUGCUGGACAAUGGAUUCCCAUUGGCUACUGAGUCCAACAUUCUGAAGGAGCUGAUCAAGCCCCCGACCAUCCUACGGACAGUUGUCAACACCAUUACAGGAAGCACCAAUGUGGGAGAGCAGCUCCCCACAGGACAGCUGUCUGUUGUUCCUUGGCGAAGAACCGGUGUGAAGUACACCAACAAUGAGGCCUAUUUUGAUGUGAUUGAGGAGAUAGAUGCCAUCAUUGACAAAUCAGGUUCCACGAUUACGGCUGAAAUCCAAGGGGUGAUUGAUGCUUGUGUGAAAUUAACUGGGAUGCCAGACCUUACCCUCUCCUUUAUGAAUCCCAGGUUGCUGGACGACGUCAGCUUCCACCCUUGUGUGCGUUUCAAGCGUUGGGAAUCAGAACGAAUCCUCUCCUUCAUUCCUCCAGAUGGGAACUUCCGUCUGCUGUCAUAUCAUGUCAGCGCUCAGAACUUGGUGUCCAUCCCUGUUUAUGUGAAGCACAACAUCAGUUUCCGGGACAGCAACUCCUUGGGCCGCUUUGAGAUCACCGUGGGUCCCAAGCAGACAAUGGGGAAGAGCGUGGAGGGGGUGAUGGUCACCAGCCAGAUGCCCAAAGGAGUCUUAAACAUGACCCUCACGCCUUCGCAGGGGACGCACACAUUUGAUCCUGUCACAAAGCUGCUGUCUUGGGAUGUGGGGAAGAUCAACCCCCAAAAGCUGCCCAAUCUGAAGGGGACCAUGAGCCUCCAGGCAGGAGCCUCCAAGCCGGACGAGAACCCCACCAUCAACCUGCAGUUCAAAAUCCAGCAGCUGGCCAUUUCCGGUUUGAAAGUGAAUCGCCUGGACAUGUACGGAGAGAAAUACAAGCCUUUCAAAGGGAUCAAAUACAUGACCAAAGCUGGGAAGUUCCAAGUGAGAACCUAACGGUGGCCGUGCCCGCAAAAAGGCUUGCGUGUGCCCUGACUUUCAGUCCGACUGUGUCCCACCUCCCAGAGCUGCUCCUUGCUAUGGCCCACCUGGAGUAGGUCAAGGCAGGUAUCUCUUCCCACCCCCCACCCCUGCCAGCUGGGCAAACCUAGCACUUACACCUGGAUCUUAAAUUGUGAAGCUCUUGGGUGGGAUUGAAGAGCAAACGGGAAACUGUGAACCAUCUUCCCGGCUUACCAGCGAAUGUUUCAGCUCAUGAAAACCCUGCCCCCGUCUCCCUAUUUUUUGGCUGGCGUUUGCUUAGUUAUUUGUUGUCUGGCGUUCCAGUAGCAUCUGAAGACAGGAGGAGACGUCUUUAGAGAUUGAGGGGUUUAAUCCUGAAGAUGCUCCUCCUCUUUUGCAUCUGGUACUCUUCUUGUUUGUUUCAAAGACUGCCUAGGAAAGAACUCCCCACCCGGUAAAUCCUUGACAAAGAGCUGGCUGAAGAGGACUGGACAGGGGAACAGGAUGCUCUCCUCAUUUCCUCCUGUCCCGUUUUAAAUGUAUUGCUUGGGGAAGAGGUUGGAAAGAGCUAAUAGUCUUGCGGGGCCUGAAGGCCACGUGGAAGAGGCACCUGAGCUCCUUGCAGAUCUGCCAAGGGCCAGUCCAACACUCAUCUGUCUCGAAUGGCUUUUUGCAGAUUUCUUGGUCAUGCUUUGAAAACCACAAAGCCUGUUCAUCCAGAGAUAGCAGUGGGACACAAAAUGCAACUGUGUUCAGGAGGAGGAGGAGGAGGAGGAGUUUGGAUUUGAUAUCCCGCCUUUCACUCCCCUUCAGGAGUCUCAAAGCGGCA